GUGCGUCUGCGUGCCCGCACGAGCUCGAUAAAGAAGGCUUCGCAGGCUCAGGCCGGCCGCUUCCUCCCCAUCCCCACACCGCGACGGGUGCGGAAACCCUAGCCGCCGGUGAUGUCGGACCCCCUCUACCCGUACUCCCGCGGCGCUUUCCCGGGCGGCGACAGCGAGCCGCCGCCGCCGCCGCCGCCGCGGUACUCGGACUUUGAGGUCGACCUCAUCGCGGCCCGUUACGCCGGCGCCCCGCCGCCUCCGCCCUAUCCCUCCGCCGACGCCAGCGCCUUCGACUCGCACGUCGGCGCUUUCGACUCGCACUUCGGCGCCUUCGACUCGCACGUUGGCGCUUUCGACUCGCACGUCGGUGCGGGGCGAUCCGCGGGAGCUCUCUAUCACCAAUCUUUUAUGGGAAGUCAUAAUACUAUUGGCCAGAAUGAGGCUUUAUAUUCAUCAAAUACUAUGGCUAAACGCCCUAGGCUUGAAAGCAGCCUUCCUUUAUAUCCACAACGACCGGGGGAAAAGGACUGUGCCUUCUAUAUGAGGACCAGAACCUGUAAGUAUGGAGAGGCCUGCAAAUUUGACCAUCCACAAUGGGUUCCAGAGGGUGGGGUUCCAAACUGGAAAGAGGUCCCGAACGUUGAAGAUUCUUAUCCUGAGCGACCAGGGGAACCAGAUUGUCCUUAUUUCAUGAAGUCUAAUAGUUGUAGAUUUAAAUCUAAAUGCAAGUUCAACCAUCCAAAGGAAAAGGUGAAUGCAUUAUGGGCUGGAACAGACAACAGAGAGUCUCUAAUUGCCGAUAGUGCCAUCUUACCAGUGAGGCCUUUUGAGCCGGUUUGUUCCGUAAGAACAUCUACCAUCGCAUCUUUUAUUAUCAUAAAUUAUCUUUAUGUUUCUCAAUUGUCUAAUGUUCAAGUUCAUUCCUUAAUGUGUCCUGUAUUUCAGUUCUAUGCAAAAACAGGCAAAUGCAAAUUUGGUGCAAAAUGCAAGUUCAAUCAUCCCAAAGAUGUUGAGAUAGCACCUGUGAUUGCAAAGGAAACCAUAUAUACAGCAACAACUGAUGCAGCAGCACACAUUGGUACAGCAGAUAGUUCAGUUCCAGCAAAGACGCAUGCACCAACUGCCUCAGCUGAGGCACAUAACGCAAAGGGGCUUCCUAUAAGACCAGGUGAAGUGGAUUGCUCGUUUUAUAUGAAGACAGGCAGCUGCAAAUAUGGUUCUACUUGUCGCUUCAACCAUCCUUAUCGGCCAGCAUUGAUGGCUCCACUGGAUCACGAUACUCUUCCUACUCUAGCACCCAUUGUCUCUGCGGCGGUGUUAAAUCCAGCUGCAAAUAUUAUGCAAAGCUUUGAUUUUCAUGCGACUCAUAUGCCGAUUGAACCUGUGCCAAUAAUCUAUCCUCAGAGGCCUGGAGAAACUGUUUGUGAUUUUUACAUGAAGACAGGAUCUUGCAAGUAUUCUCAGAAGUGCAAGUUUCACCAUCCUAUCAACCGCUCUGCACCUGGUGCCAAUGAAAACGGGGAUCCUCAGCAGCCUGUGACACUUACUCUUGCUGGCCUUCCAAGGAGAGAGGACGCCGAGAUCUGUGCCUUCUACAUGAGAUCUGGCACGUGCAGGUAUGGCGUGCACUGCAAGUUCGACCACCCUCCCCCACAGGAGGCUAUCGCCAAGCUACAGGCAACUGGAAAGGAAGGUGAAAAUGAGAAUGAAGGUGAAGAGAAGGAAGGUCUGAGCGUCGUCUUGCGCUAGGCCGUGAUGCCCCAUCCUGUCACCUGCCUCAUUAGACUGUAAUGCGCGAAGCGCGCUGUAGGUUAAAGGUGGAUGUUGUCCGGGUCGUGGUGGGCGUCCGAUUUGUGAAGUUGAGUACCACAGGUCGAAUUUAUUGGAGCAGUGCUGGUACUAGCGAGUUAUAUCUUCGUUGCCGUAGAUGACAGUAGUCUGAUAGGAUGUCAUGUUGACAUGCCCUGGUGCCUAUUGCAGCAGCGCUUUCUUGGCCUUGCUACCUUGCAGCAGUGCUCUUUGUUGUACGCAUGUUUGUAACUUUGCGUAGAUGCUCUCUGCCCGCGUAUGAGGGCACUGUUGCUGCA